AUGACCUAUACCGAGUUGUUUCCUGCUUUAAUUCAGAAGGAUUUGGUGCAAACAAGAACCCCACCGGCUAUUUCGAAAGAGCUUUUGUGGUGGUAUAAACCUGACCAACAUUGUGAAUUCCACCAAAGAGCACCUGACCGUGAUAUUGAGAAUUGUUUCACUUUUAAAGCCGAAGCAAGAAGGUUAAUGCAAAGUGGUAUCUUGUCAUUUGAAGAUUUUAGUCCCAAUGUACAAGCUAAUCCGUUACCCAAACAUGGAAAUGCAACCGUGAAUAUGGUCAAAGGAUAUCCAAGAAAGUAUCGAGUUCUUGACGUCAAUUUAAUCAAAAGAUCUCUGGUUGAAAUGCAUGCUAAUUUAUGUGAAUUGAGCUAUUAUGAGAAUGACCAUGCUUCUUGUGAAGUUUGCUCUAGAGAUCCCCAAGGAUGCGUUGUUGUGAAAAGAGACUUACAAGAGAUGCUAGACCAAAAUCUUAUUCAGGUUACGAGGGACAAAAAUGAAGAUGAACAUGAGGUGAACGUCAUAGUUCCCCGUUUUAAUCUCCCAGAACCAGUUGUGAUUGUAUAUGAUGGUCAGAAGACUGCUGUUUCUCCGUUGGUUAUUUGUUUGGAGGGUCCUACGCCUUACGAGUCUGAUAAAGUUGUGCCUUACAAGUAUAUUGCUACUAUGGUGGAAGACGCUGCUAAGAGGAAUGAAGAUGUUGUGAUAGAGAAAUCAACUCAAGCAAAAACUCAUGUUGUGCAAGCCGGCCAAUCCAGCAGUGCGAAUCAGAAUGUUGAUCAAAAUGAGGUGCUGAAGUUGAUCAAGAAGAGUGAUUUCAAUGUGGUAGACCAGUUGUUGCACACUUUGUCCAAGAUAUUUGUAUUGUCUUUACUAAUGAUGUCAGAAGCACGCCGAGAAGCUUUGCAAAAGGAAGAUGCCCUAUCCAAUAUGCUGGUGGAUACUGGGUCUUCUUUGAAUGUUUUGCCUAAAUCUAUGAUGUCUAAACUUGCUUAUCAAGGUGCUCCGAUGAGAUUCAAUGGAGUUAUUGUGAAGGCCUUCGAUGGGUCGAGGAAGACUGUAAGUAGGGAGGUUGAUCUCCCAAUAAAGAUAGGUCCGUGCUUAUUUCAGAUCAUUUUUCAAGUGAUGGGCAUUCAUCCCUCCUACAGUCGUCUCUUAGGACGUUCGUGGAUUCACGAGGUUAGGGCAGUUACAUCAACUCUACACCAAAAGCUGAAGUUUUUGAAGAACGGGAAGUUAGUGAUUGUGGGUGGCGAGCAGGCCAUGUUGGUGAGUCAUCUCUCUUCAUUUUCAUACAUUGAUGCCGAUGAAACUGAGAAGUCAUUUGAAUCCCUUUUUGUUGAUAAUAUUGCUGCUAAGAAGAAUGGUGAAUCCAUGUCAUCCUUGAAAGAUGCCCAACAUGUGUUGAAGAAUGGUCAAUCGGAUAAGUGA